CUCCCACCCGGCCUAACAAUUUCAAAUCCCCCAUUGUAUAAAAAGUCCACCAACAGCCGUCAGCAAUUAUCAUUUGUUAUCAUCGUUUGUGCAUUGUUGAAUACUGCUUAGCCGGUCAUCGAGCUCCACCCCGGUCCAGGUCGAAUCAUCUCAAAGUGAAUCAUCAUCAAAAUGUUCAAGAUCAUUGGCCUGUUCGUCAUCGUUGCCGUUGCCUCGGUAGCGGCCAAGGCCGAACCCAAGCCAGAUGUGAUUGCGUACAGUGCUCCAGCGGCGGCGGUGGUGGCCACUGCCCCGAUUGCUUCCAGUGCAACCUUCUUCGAGCAGUCCUUCCACGGAAACUUUGCACCUGUCGUUGCUGCCAGCGGUUAUCCGACGGCGUAUCUGGCCCCUCCACUGGCCUACUCGUAUCCGGCCUAUGAGCCGUUCGUUGCCACCGCUCCGGCUGCUGCCGUCCUGCUCAAGUAGUGUACCUGUGCAGUAAGCCGGAAAUAAUUGACACUUUGGGAGCUGUGAUUAAUCUGAUUAUGAAAUGCAAAUAAAAUGAAACGAAUCUUGGAGAACUCUUUUUUCAUGAUAGAGAGUCCUUGCAUCUUUCGAA